AUGAAUGGCACAUCAGAAAGCCUUCUCCCCAUCACCGAAAGGGAGGAGGAAGUGAAGCUCAGAACAUGUAUCAGCAACCUGGCAAUCAUAGCAGCACCGCAGGUAGUGUCAAUGGUAUUGAAUUACCUACCACAGACCAUUAACGUUUUAUUCAUCAGUAGAUUAGGUGACGCUGACAUGUUAGCAGCAGUUGGUCUUGCUAACCUAACAAUCCUAUUCAUCGUCCUACAGUUCACUGAGAUUGUCCUCAAAUUCCUUGGCCAGGAUCCUGUGGUGGCUAGACAUGCUAUGGAUUAUGUCAGUGCUCCCCUCACUAUCCCUUCUAGAGCUCAUUAUCAGCAUCACUCCAUGUACGCUAUAAAGCAUCGUAUUGAUAGUAUGUCUGUUGAAGGUACUCUGGUGUUACCUAUUGGUUACACCAUCAUCAGGUCUGGCUGGUGCAGCUAUACCUCGAGAUGCUCUACCAACAUUCACUUGGAGUAUGUUCUAUGGAUGGUGGGAAUACCUCAAGAUUGGUAUACCUUCUAUGAUUACCUUAUGCUCAGAAUGAUAGUCGGCCUUCUCCAGGACUCAGCUCAGCUCGCUGCCCAUGUAUCUGUGUGUAACGUGUCAGUGCUGAUGUUCAUGGUCAGCUAUGGUCUACAGGCAGGCCUUAGUGCCAAGAUUGGUGCAGCGGUGGGCUCUGGCAACUUGUAUCUGGCGAGGAUGUAUUGCAAGUGUGCAACCCUUAUGGGAGGGUGUAUGCUUGUCGUUAUUGAGCUCACCCUCAUCACCUUCCGGAGCACCAUCGCGAGUUUCUAUGCGGCCCGCGAGCCAGAGGUAUCAAGAUACCUCACAUUUCUGAUCUUCCCCUAUCUUGGCAUACAAGAGGUUUUUGAUUUUGCCCAGGCUUGCAUGCAAGGGGUCUUCAAGGGCCUAGGUAUCCAACGGUAUGCGGCAGUGGUAAACCUCUGUUCGUAUUAUCUCUGCAUGUUGCCAUUGGGUUACCUCCUCUGUAUACAUUUCGAGCUCGGUGUAUAUGGGAUGUGGAUGGCGUUCAUUGUCAGCGUUGCUGGUGUAGCAUCAUCAUAUUCUAUAAUACUCAGAAGUACUGACUGGUCGAAGCACAUGGAUGCGGCUCACGUUAGAAUUAAGAGAGCUUUGUGA